AUGAUUGGAGGGACAGGAAGUGGGGCUCAAUCAUUUUUAAGCAAGCUUUCAUCUAAAUUUGCACGAAGAAAAUCGAUUCGUGAAACGGGUAUAUCGUCAACAACAACUGGUGGUGCUAUUGGAAAUAAUAUGUCAACAAUGGGCGGAAGUAUGACGGGUGCGUCGUCGUCUUAUCGUCGGCCAGCUGAUCUUAACAAUACGAGCAUAACAACGGCAGAUGCAGCGGGAAUUACAACGAAUGACAAUCUUGCCACAGGUGGUGGUGGCGUUGGAGAUAUCAAACCACGCUCGCUUCGUUUCACAUGGUCAAUGAAAACGACAAGUUCAAUGGACCCAGCUGACAUGAUGAAAGAAAUUCGUAAAGUGCUCGACAUCAAUAAUUGUGAUUACGAACAACGAGAAAAGUUUCUUUUAUUAUGCGUUCAUGGUGAUCCAAAUACAGAUUCAGUCGUUUCUUGGGAAAUGGAAGUAUGCAAAUUACCACGUCUGUCAUUAAAUGGUGUUCGAUUUAAACGUAUAUCAGGCACAUCAAUUGGGUUCAAAAAUAUUGCGAGUAAAAUCGCUAAUGAACUUAAAU